AUGUCGCUGACAACCAAUGGAACGUACUCAGCUGGUCCGUUGGGCCUCAUUGUCGGCUUCAUCCUCGGCUACCACCGCCACGAGCAAAACAUGAGACGCCGACGAGUCCGUAUAGACUCCAUCGACUCCUCAGGCACCGGAUAUGACCACGUCGCCGAAUAUGAUCUCACCAGCUACGGCUCACAAACAACAGCUCAUCAACCGGGCUACGAGCCUAGGUCGCUCAUCUAG